AUGUCUCCAAAUCUAGCAUCGGCCGCCGUGGGGUACGAGGGACAUUGCCCACAGUCAGCCUGUUUUCAUUGUAGGGCUUUUUGCGCAAUCGGUUAUAUCCUUCUUCACAGGGAAGAGAAGAGCCGAUUUCAACAGGUCCCACGAAGACAAACAAAGAACCACACCCGCUUCGCGUUGCUCACAGAAAGUCCAUCCCAGCUCUACACUCUAUCAGCUUGGGCAGAUAGGGCAGCCAGUGCCUUCGGUACCGUAGGCCGGGGAACCCCGUUCCUCUUCGGACCGUCCGCGGCUAUCCGCCUGGCCCAGAUCAAAGCCCAGCUAACCCUGCACCAACUGAGCAUCAUCGCCGCUGCCAGUAACCACGGCAACCAGCAACUGGCCCUGCUCAACCUUCUCCAGCAAGCAGCUGCCAACAACAUCGCUCAGCCGCUCGCCACCGCCAUGUACCAGCCUCAGCAACAGGGGCCACCCUUCAACAGGCCCAGGAACAUGCCAUACCAUCAACAACAACCCGGCCACUCUACGGAUGGCAACAACAUGGCCCAGAUGAACAGCUACCAGGCGGGUCAGUUCCCGCCGCAAACACGGCUACCCGAGGAGCUGGAGUCAGCGAUCUCUGUCCGUGUUCAGGGCGGGAGGGACGAGGACCACCGACUACUCAACCAGAAUACCCAGAUCUCCCGUCAACACUGUGUAGAUCCCCACCUGCACGGGGACGGUCAGGGUGGGAGUUCAGAGACUGCCUAUUCUAACAGCAACAACCUUGUCUCGCUCUCCUGCGAUGACCAGCAGAAUCAGAUGCAAGAUGUGGACUGGUCCAACUACCAGACUCCCAGUAAACUCUUUGGUCUCAAUCAGCAGCAGCACCUCCAGCAGUCCUCCCACUCUCAUGCUAACCCCAACAGCGGGCAUUCAGGAGGGGGCAUGCAAAGCUGGAAUGCUCCUGUUUCUGAACCGGCUCGUCCACAGGGUGGAAACAUGCAGGGUCUGUACGUACCCGAGAGCGCAGGCAGUAUCCUGGCCGGCUUCGGUUUGUCAAACGAUGACCUGGAGGUUCUCAGCCACUACCCUGAUGACCAACUAACUCCAGACACUCUGCCCUUCAUCCUACGUGACAUACAGAUACACAAAACAAACAGAAACACAGGCCCUCCUGCGUUCUCUCAAACUCUCCCUGCUAUUCCUAACCUGCCGCCACCGCUGCGUCUUUCUCCACCACAGCGGCAUCCUGCACAUUCAUGUACGACCAACAUCCCACGUUUUCUGAGUGUGAUGCAAACGGCGGGUAAAGUUAUCGACUACGGCCACGCAAGUAAGGCGGCGGAAGAGGGUAGAGACUCUUACAAACGCGAGCUACCGCCUAAGGAGAGAGCGACUAAACCAGAGUCAAAGCCCACUGGUUCGUCUUUGAAACGUAAAGCUGAAUCCCCAAGGCGGCACGACGACUCCUCCGACUCAAAGAAAGACAAAGACUACAGGAGGCGUGCUCCAAUCCCCGACGCUCACAAGCACAAAAUAACGCCCGUCAGAGAGCCGCCAUCAAGAUCUCGGUCGGAGCGCGAAGGGUCCAGAUCAAGGCCACAGUUCGAAGCCAGGAGUGAGUCGUCAAAAUCAACCAGACCCACCGGUGCCAAGCGCAGCUCUAGCGCAACCAAGAGGCUCCCAACACCCACCAUGAUAGGUGAUUUCUCUGCGGACCCUCCGAAGGUGUACCCCCACACCUGCUCCCUGUGCGACAUGCAAUGUGAACGGGCUAAGGACUGGAUCAAUCAUGUGAACACAGUCAACCACACAGCUAGCUGCAGAGAUCUGCGCAACAAGUAUCCAGACUGGAAUCCAAAUGUCCCAAGGAGUGACCUGUCUCAAGGUCAGGAUGCCUGUGCCACCUGGCAUUCCCUAGAACGCUCUCCCUCCCGCUCCGUGUCCCGUUCCUUGUCCUGGUCCCCCACCCCCCCUCCGGACCGAAGCAGAAGGAUCUCUCCGCCCACCUCCCAUGGACACACCCCCCACACCUCUGGCCGGCACAGCCCCUCCCAGUCCCAUCGGCGUUCUGCCUCCAGCGCUCACAGGCCGGAGAAGAGAACCAGCGAAUCCUCAGGGAUAUCUACUGGGAGCUCCUCUCGAGAAGGCCUGAAGCGUUCCAGAAAUGACCCCGCCAAGUGUGCGACUGGCCACGGCAACAGAGCAGGGGUUUCUGGGAAACACGAGUCCGGGAAACGUGAGUCCUAUUUGUCGUCCACCAGCAAGUUUCCGGCGUCCAUGUCUGAGAAGCCACAUCGUCCAGCUUCCUCUAAGCCAGGCGCCAAGCCAGCGGCCGGGAAGGAUACCGCCCUAGGACAGGACUCAGAGUUCCAGUCCUCCAACGCGCCACAGAAGAAGCCGAAUCCAACGCUGCAGAAGAAGAAUCCUCCAGGUUCCUACUUGCUCUAUCUGACGGGCCUCCCUGUAGAUGCCAAGUACCAGGAAGUGGUGUCACUGGUGCAGUCCUUCGGCAAGGUCACCAAUGUCCUCAUCAUCAGGAACGAGGAGGGUGAGGAGAACCAGGGGCAGCCGCAAUACAGUAAAGCCACUGUUUGCAUGCAGAGAGAGCAGGACGCUAAAGCACUGGCUGAGUGCCUCACUCUCAACAUACGGGAACACCCCAUCUCUGUCUCCGACCAGAAUGGCGAGGAGGAGCUUACUUCCUCGAUACCUGUCAUUAUAAAAGGAGAAGUGAUCGGUGCUCCCAGGACACCUGCAGCCCCCAACGAGGCCAACUUGGCCGUCAAAGGCCCAGAAGCCAGCGUUGGUCAGAAGAAUUCAAAUGAGAUACACAGGGAGCAGGUGAAGCCACAGAGGAAGAGGAAGAGGGGCUGUAGAGCGGGACAGGUCGAGAGACUCAAAAGACUGCAGAGGGAAAACAAGAGGGGCAUGGUCAAGAUUACUGGACUUCCUGAAAGCGGCUGCUCCGAGAUUGAUAUCGCAAAGCUGGCCCAGCCCUUCGGAACACCUGUCAAGAUCCUCCUCAUCACCAAGCCCAGUGAGGCUCUGGUCACCAUGCAGGAUGUGGAGUCAGCCCAGGAGAUGGUGAAAUUUUACAACGACAAGCCAGUCUGCAUCAAGGACUCUGUUCUGAACAUGAGCCUGCUUCCAAACCUCCUGGUGGACUUCAACAGACCGGUGGCCCUUUUCCAUUCAUUAAUGGGACCCAGGAAUCCUGUUAGUGCGGAGGAGGGAGGUGAUGAUGACUGGAACCGUCUCCUGGUUGUCAGUAACAUCCCGGCCACGCCCUCCGGCCCAACAGAGAUCCAGAAACUGGUCCAGCGCUUCGGCACAGUCCAACAGACUCUGGCACUCAAGGACAAGAUCAUCUUUGAGAUGGGAACAGCAGACAUGGCCAAGAGUGUCUUCAACCGCUUCCAGAAGUUUCCCUGCAUUGUUCAGAACAACAAGCUCGCCUUCUCCUGGAAACCUGAUCCCAAGACUGAUCUAGCUAAAGUCGACAUCUCCUCUGCCGGCUCAACAGCUUCAACUGGUGGCAAUGACUCCCAGACUGCAGAGACCACUAUGCCCCCUGGUGGCCAGGAGGACUCGCUAUCUCAGUCAGGAUUAAAGGUGGAGUCAGGAACAGGGGUUGAUACUAAGGUUGAAGGACAGGAGGUUCAGCCAGGGAAUGAAGGGCUGAACGUUGAUAAAUGGGUUCAAGCCACAAAGUCUCCAGCAUUAGGAGGAAAGGAUCAAGAGAAGGAGCCUGAUACAUCUUCCUUACAGCCAGCAGGAGUGAACCAGAGAGAACCUGGAGGUCAGGGUAGAGAGGUCGUCACAGAGAAGGUUGCAGACAUUUCAACAACGGAGUCCGAAGAAACUGAAGAACCAGUCUCUUCAGAUGCUACCUCCGCUCCUCAAGCUGCUGAACCAGAGACUGAGAAAAUGUCUGUUUCCAGUUCCACAACAGCCACCCCAGCCCCAAAAGUGAUGGCGGCCAUCAUAGAGGCCUUACGACAGGAGAGCAGGAACAGAUCCUCUACCAAGGUUACCACCGACCAGGCUGCAGCUGACAAUCCUCCAGGUAAACAACCAAAAGAUAAGGCGACUCCAGAUGUUCAGGCUGCCCCCGCUCUACCCAGAGUGACCCCAGAGAUCCUGAAGGUGCUGCUGGAGGAGUGCAGGGUCCGGUCCACCAGUAGGGCUGGCGCUGAGCAGGCCAGGAAGGAGCAGGACCAGGCGCCCCCUGCAGGCCAAAAGCCAUCCACUGGAAACCGAAGAGACCACAGUGGAGACGGGGAGCCUGGAAGAGAGCAGGCCACUAAGAGGAAGACCCGCGAGGAGGAAAGGGAGGAGAGGGAGAGAGCGAGGAGGGAGAGGGAGAAAGAGAGGAGGCUGAAGGCCCAAGAGGAGGAGAAGGAGAAAGGAAGGAGGGAGAGAGAGAAGAGGCGGUCCCACAGGGAACGGUCAUCAGGAUCCCCGGGGUCCAGGUCCUCCAUCAGGUAUGAGGGGAGCCGGCACAGUGGGAAGGGCGGCGCCAGGUCUGAGUCCAGGAGAGGAAACGGAGAGGAGAAACAGCAGGAAGAGGAGGAGUUAGGUGAGAAGCACGUCCCCUUCGACAUGGAAGACUUUGUGACUGUGGACGAGGUGGGGGAAGCAGCUGCGGUGCCCCGUCCUCUCCCCGAGACUACCACAGAGGUGACUGAGGUUACAGAGGUGACCGUCAACGACCCUGUGACCACAGCCUCUGAGGCGGAGCAGCAGGCACCAGCUGACACUACAUCGAUGGAGUUGGAGGGUGAGCCUGGGACAGCCAAGGUACGGGAGGAAGCUCUGGACAAACGAGAACAGAAGGAGGGGGGGUUGUCCCCAGCAACCACAGAGGGGUCGGUGAAGACUGCAGAGGGACCUGGGGAGGUGACAGAGGAGACAUUUCCAGACUGUCAGGAUGACAUCAAAGAGCCUGUGGUCACUGUGCCCAAGACAACCUGCGACGAGGUCACUGAGGAGUCCACAACCACAGACGCACCUGCCGCCGCUGGAGAAGAGGAAAGGGAUGGAGAAAAGGAGGGUCUCCACAUGGGGACGUUUCUGACGGUGGACGAGGUGGGACAAAUGGAGGAGGACGGGGAGAAGAGGUCUGCUGAGAACGUGGAGUCAAAGCGAAGGAGGACAUCUCAGGAGGAGAGAGAGGAGGAGACAGCGAGGAGGAAGAUGAAGAUGGAACCCCUCUUUUAUAAAGACUACAGCAUCCCUCCUUUCAACCCUGACAGCCCUGUCGGCAUGGAGUUUCUGGUUCCCAAGUCAGGCUUCUUCUGCAAGGUGUGUUCUAAGUUCUACAGUGGAACUGACGAGGCUGAGAAGAACCACUGCAAGACCCUCAAACACCAUCAGAACCUGGAGAAAUCCCUGGAGAAGUGGAGAGCGAAGAAAGACUGACUCUCCAUGAUGAGCUGAAGAGUUAAAUAUUGACUGGCUGUGUCCCAACCACUGACUGAUUCAUUCCUGUCUUAACUCUUUUCACACUUACUUGUUUUUGUUUUUCUUCCCCAUGGGUCCAAUCUCUCACUCACAACUAUAACGGUUUCAUUUUGUUAGUUAUUUUCCCAUGAUAUAGAAGAGAAGUGACUCAAUAGAGAGAAAUUAAAGUAGAAACCAGUGUACAAUGAAAAUAAAGUGUUUUAUUCAA